CACGGACCGUGGGCCGUGGCUACGAAGCGGCCCGUUACGUAACUGCUUUAUUGUCUCAAUUGUCUCGCGGCCGUUGUAGCGAUACUGCAUGAGAGAUGCGCCAGAGUCUUAAGCAGUGCGGCCAGCAUGCUCGCGUCUUCUAUCCCCGCACCCCCCUCUCAGCGGCGCUCAUUGUACGAGUCUCCUCCGCCUAUUUAGCUCCCUCUACACUCCGACCCUCCUUCCUCCCAACUUGACGAAAAAUGCACGUCUCGCCACGUUUCUUCUUCUCACUUGUGUUUGGUUGGGCAGCUUUGCCCAGCGUGGAGAGCAGGCCUUCUCUCAGUGUGGCGGUAGAGCUCUCAACAUGCGGUAGUGAGACUUCAUACGCUAUAGCAGAAGAGUGUAUCUCUACCUGCCAGCCCGUUCUGGAUGCCCAGAACUGUUCCAGAAAUGCUGCAUGUACAUGCGCAACUGCGCGGCCCAUGGCCGUUCACGAAUGCGUACAGUGCCAGCUCGACGUUGGGUCGAGCGCAGCACCGAACGUUCUUGCGCUGGUUGUACCCGCGAAACUCAAUGACUACGCAGAGCUCUGCGGAGAAGACCUCACAGCACAGGCUGUGUUACGAUUCGAUGCCGAUUCCGCCCCCGCCUCCAACGCCUCGCUUCAGAGCAGAGAGCUGCUGUCCGCCACGUGCGUCUACGGCGUCCCCGAGAUCGCUUCAUCGCCGCUGGCUAUCUGGGAGAGUGGGAAACGUGCAUGGCCGUUCUUCGCUGUUGCCGUGCUCAUGAUGCUUUGUGUAUUUGAACGUCGGUUGCACAAAUGAGCGUAUACUGUCGCUCUCGCCCUCCUUCUGAUGACCCUUAUUGUAGUGUACAGUUAUUGUUUGACUUCGCAUUCACCACCGUAUGUAUCGCAAGUAACUUAUAAAUAUUCGUGUUCGAGCUGUGGUGUCCCUGCUACGUCCUUAUUUCUACAUGACGUUGUCUCCUCUCA